UAUACAACACAGGAUAUGCUUGCCGGUGUUCCACGCCUCCAAUCCGUAAUCCUCACCGCGCUCCUUCUCUCCCAACACUUUUCGCCUGUCUUUGCCUCGUCGCUUCCAGUGCAAAAGCGCAUUUGCCCAGACAACGACCCAGCACACUGUUACCCCCGUGUGUUUGAACCCACACGCGAGUGGCAGCAAAUCAGAGAGGGCCAGGAGAUCCCUGCGGGCUUACACGUCCGAAUGAACAUGGCCACGCAUGUCAAAGAGGCGAAGUUGCUUGAUGACGAGACAGGCGAGCACGUGUUGAACCUUAGCCCGGGAAAGGCAAUAGUUGCGCACAUCACGGAUGAGGACGACCUAGCGGAUGUGUCCAUUCAUGACGACGCAUUGGACGCACACAAGGGCCAGGUACAUGCGAACCGCGGUGCCGAGACCAGCGACUUGUCCUAUGCCGUCAACGAAUUCAGAUACAUUUGCGAUUUCUCAGAUGGUGGGGCAGAAUCCUUGGAUUUAGCUAACCUGGAGCGUUUGCACGCGGCGCUCACGGUGCUCGAAGAGUUAGGCCAUGACUUGGAGUACGGCGAGGAGUUGACACGCGCGGACCUUGUCGCACACCUCCUCCGGUUCUCGGCACCGACCACAGCCAAAGACACCGUGAAUGUCCAGGAAAAGUGCUACCAGGUGAUGGCCGCGAUGCACCGCAAUAACCCGCUCGCGAUCCAAAACACGUUUGCUCAGCAGCCCCAGUUUGUCAAGAAGCUCUUACAGCGGCUUGAAGACGAGAUAUCACCGUUACUCUUGAAGCGUGCACUCUCGGUACUCGAUGCUGUCGUGCUCGACCCGGCGGGGAUGCAACAGUUUGAGAAAGACCUGGGAAUGGCUACAUUGGUGGGACUCCAUUCCAAGUUCGAAAACACCAAGGCGUAUACCAAAUAUUUGUCGGUGUUUGAGGACAUGGGAACCUCCUACAACGCCCAGAAAGUUGCUUCUCCGGUAUUGAAGAAGCGCUCGGGCGCAUCUCCCCAGGAAAAAGCGGUGGAGCUUGAGGAGAGCUUGGUAAGCGGCUCGCUCACGGAGCUUGAGACACAGCAGGCCUUCAGCCGGUUGGUGAAUCUCAAGUUGGAGCAUGGUGCCGCAAUCAAGCCCAGUGAUAGCUUCAUGGUCUGGAUUGCCCAGCAGGCGGUGGACAGACGGGAGCAGAUGCUCUUGCGGAAGCGGGAUAACACCAUUCCGGGCGACGACGUGUUUGACCAGUUUGUGAUCGAGUCCCGCCACGGUGUGUUUGGGAAUCCCAACGCCAUGAGAAAGAACUGGGAUGGAAUGUAGUUUUAUAAUUUUGACUAGAAUGAAAAGAGGGUUUAGGUGAAGGAAAUUCCAUUAAGGUGGUAACAAGACUACGGAUUAUUAGAUACUGAUGCAAGCAAACUAUGAUUUGAAUUGUCGGGUGAUGGUCAUAAUGCACUUGUAUUAACCAUGAACAUAUCCACAAUAGUUUUGUUCUACUCCAUGUAUAUAAAAAAAAAUAC